AUGACUAAAAAGAAGUCGAAACAGAAAGGAAAGGUCGAUAAACUUGCCAAAGAAAUGGAACGAUUUAGUAUUUCUGAACCAGGAACCAGCCAAUCUUCGUCAACAACAUCGGCUGCACCAUCUCCAUCAAAAGCUCGAACAACAUCAGUGACGCAAGCAGUAGCGUCAACAUCAACAGUAACAGUACCGGCACCGGCCCCGGCGUCACCAGCAUCAACGUCAAAAACAGUUGCAGUAGCCUCAACUUCAGCAGCCGCAACAGCCUCAACUUCAGGAGCUGCAGCGACAGCAUCACCAACAUCACCAGCACCACAAACAGGUGAAACUAUUUUAGAUACAAACAUAAAACCACAAGUGCAAGAAAAAUGGCCGAAGGUCAAAAACAAAGUCCCACCAGUUUUCCUACACAAACCGGUUGACUUCGAACAACACGUGAAAAAAGUUUUAAACAUGGGGAUAAAAUUCUACCAACCGAACCUUGGUAAAAACUACACUAAAAUAAUUUGCGAAAGCUUUAAUGACCAUAAACACUUGACAAAAUACUUUGAAAAAAAACAAUUACCUUACCACACAUUUGGACAUCCAUCUAAAAGGAAAAUGAAAGUUGUCAUCAGGGGGCUGCCUAAGGAUGUAGAAUUGUACAGAGUUAAAAGUGCAUUGAAAUCAGUUUCUAUCCCUGUCAUAAGAGUGCAUAAAAUGAAUACCAAAGAAGAGAGAAAGGACAAUACAAUAUUAGUUUUGGCAGUUGUACCUUAUGAUGAAAGUGGGAAAGUAAUUUUGAAAUUGUCUAAGCUGUUAGGUCAUAAGGUGACAUUGGAGCCUCCGUUCACGAAACCAAAGCAGUGUCAUCGUUGUCAAAAGUGGGGUCACUCUCAAAGGUAUUGCCAUGGACAAAUUAAAUGUGUUAAAUGUGCUGGAGAUCAUUUGACCAAGAAAUGUGAGAGGGAUCCAGAGAAGGAACCGCCAAAAUGUGCCAAUUGUAAUGGUGACCACACUGCUAGUUACAGAGAUUGUCUUUUUACACCUGGGUCAGCAGGUUACGAACUUCUGCAGGAAAUCAAAAUACACAAACCUUGUUACAAGCCUCUACAACUUGUGACACAAGAUAAUUAUGAAACGUUAUACAAAAAUGUUGAGUAUGGGAAAACGCCAGCCAAACAUUAA